AUGUCAGAAGCUGAUAAAAUGGUAGAUCCAAGUAAGAAGAAACGUAGAAGAAGAAAUUACGACGACUACGAUAAUGAAGUUGCCCAAGAGGAAAAAGACCUUAAACAACAAAAGAAGAACCAAACUUCAAUCGAAAGUAAAGUAGGUGACGUAUCAUCAAAGACUGGUUCUAUUGCUCAGAAGAAAAACGCAGAUGACGACUCUGAUUCUGAUGUCGAUGACGAAAAAUUAGAUAGGCUAAUGGGCAACGAACUUGAGGAAGAAGAAGACGAUUUGACUGAAAUAGACACCACAAAUAUUAUAACUAGCGGUAGAAGAACAAGAGGUAAAAUAAUAGAUUAUAAAAAAGCUGCAAGAGAACUAGAUAAUGCAGAACAAAAACAAGAACCAUCCACCGUGACGAAAGAUCAAGAAGACAAGGACGAUGACGAGGAAGAUGAUGAAGAGUUCAAAGUUUAA